UUUUGCAAGAAGUGUUGGAAGCUACAAAGCAAAAACAAAGCCCCAGAUAUGGCAAAAGCGCCAGCAGUUGGCAUUGAUUUGGGCACAACUUACUCGUGUGUGGGUGUGUUCCAACAUGGCAAAGUUGAAAUCAUUGCAAAUGACCAGGGCAAUCGAACAACGCCAAGUUACGUUGCUUUCACAGAUACAGAAAGAUUGAUCGGUGAUGCAGCAAAGAAUCAAGUGGCCAUGAACCCCAAUAACACAAUUUUUGAUGCAAAACGUCUUAUUGGGCGUCGGUUUGAUGACUCAACAGUGCAAGCUGACAUGAAACAUUGGCCAUUUACUGUUAUAAAUGAAACAGGGAAACCAAAGAUUCAAGUGCAGUACAAAGGAGAAAGUAAGACUUUCUUCCCUGAGGAGGUCAGCUCCAUGGUACUGACCAAGAUGAAAGAGACUGCAGAGGCCUAUUUGGGCAAAUCUGUAACUAGUGCAGUCAUCACAGUUCCUGCCUACUUCAAUGAUUCCCAGAGGCAAGCCACUAAGGAUUCGGGUGCUAUCGCAGGACUAAAUGUCCUCAGGAUUAUCAACGAGCCCACAGCAGCAGCUAUUGCCUAUGGUCUUGACAAGAAGGGUCAUGGGGAACGUAAUGUCCUUAUUUUCGACUUGGGUGGCGGUACCUUUGAUGUCUCCAUCCUUACGAUUGAAGAUGGAAUCUUCGAAGUCAAGUCUACUGCUGGCGAUACUCAUCUGGGUGGCGAAGACUUCGACAACCGAAUGGUGAACCACUUCGUCCAAGAAUUCAAGCGCAAAUACAAAAAGGACCUAACAUCUAACAAGCGUGCUGUUAGAAGACUGCGCACUGCCUGUGAGCGCGCAAAGCGCACGCUUUCUUCCUCCACCCAAGCCAGCAUUGAGAUUGAUUCGCUGUUUGAGGGUAUCGACUUCUACACAUCCAUUACCCGAGCCAGGUUCGAGGAACUGAAUGCAGACUUGUUCCGCAGUACCAUGGAGCCAGUUGAAAAGUCCCUUCGAGAUGCCAAGAUGGACAAAGCACAGAUCCAUGACAUUGUCCUGGUUGGUGGAUCAACCCGUAUUCCAAAGGUACAGAAACUCUUGCAGGAUUUCUUCAAUGGGAAGGAAUUGAACAAGUCUAUCAACCCUGAUGAGGCAGUGGCAUAUGGUGCAGCUGUACAGGCAGCAAUUCUGGCGGGAGAUAAGUCUGAGGAGGUGCAGGACCUGCUUCUGUUGGAUGUGACACCCCUUUCUCUUGGUAUUGAGACAGCCGGAGGGGUGAUGACUGUGCUCAUAAAGCGCAACACGACCAUCCCCACAAAACAGACACAGACAUUUACUACCUACUCAGACAACCAACCAGGUGUCCUGAUUCAGGUGUACGAGGGUGAACGAGCGAUGACCAAAGACAACAACCUUCUUGGAAAGUUUGAGCUGACUGGUAUUCCUCCCGCACCACGUGGCGUUCCACAGAUUGAGGUCACAUUUGAUAUUGAUGCCAAUGGUAUUCUGAACGUGACUGCUGUGGAGAAGUCAACAGGGAAAGAAAACAAGAUCACAAUCACCAAUGAUAAGGGCAGACUCAGCAAAGAGGAGAUAGAACGCAUGGUGAACGAUGCAGAGAAAUACCGAGCUGAGGACGAGAAGCAGAAGCAGACCAUUUCUGCCAAGAACGCCCUAGAGUCGUACUGUUUCAACAUGAAGAGUGCCGUGGAGGAUGAGAAGCUGAAGGACAAGAUAUCCGAAUCUGACAAAACUACCAUCAUGGACAAAUGCAAUGAGGUUAUCCGUUGGCUGGAUGCUAAUCAUCUUGCCGAGAAAGAAGAGUUUGAGUCUCAACAGAAGGAAUUGGAAGCAGUUUGCAAUCCCAUCAUGACAAAACUGUACCAGGGAGCUGGUGGCAUGCCAGGAGGGAUGCCUGGGGGUUUCCCAGGUGCAGGGGGGCCUGCACCAGGGGCUGGAGGAGCAGCUGGAGCAGGACCAACUAUUGAAGAAGUAGAUUAAAAAUGAUGGAAUCCCAAAAUAUAUUAACGCCAAGCUGUAAGGCCAAGGCUGGCUUCUUCAGAUUUCCAUGUGAAUAAUAAUUUUGUCAUACAUUACAAGUUUGUUCAGGGUCACAGUACUAUGUUGUGUUUGCUAGAUACUUGGAACUAUGUAACAGCUGUUUAUGCAAUUAUUUAUUGAAUUACAAUUAAAAGCACACGUUCCUUAUAUUUUUGAAGUUUUAAAACUAUGUAACAGCUGUUUAUGCAAUUAUUUAUUGAAUUACAAUUAAAAGCACACGUUCCUUAUAUUUUUGAAGUUUUAAAACUAUGUAACAGCUGUUUAUGCAAUUAUUUAUUGAAUUACAAUUAAAAGCACACGUUCCUUAUAUUUUUGAAGUUUUAAAACUAUGUAACAGCUGUUUAUGCAAUUAUUUAUUGAAUUACAAUUAAAAGCGCACGUUCCUUAUA